UAGUAACAGUCGCCAUAUCUCUGAAAGGGCGGUGACUUCUGGUGCAUGCGAGCAGAAAUCGGGAGGAAUAUGGUGUACACAAGACUGCUUUGAAUGCCUUGUCUUUGUAUCUGACUGUUUUCAAUACACUGUUCCGUCGUCCUUGGAAAAAAAGAAGUAAUCUCACGUUCCGAAUAGCUUUUUAAAGCCGUCGGGCAGGAAAAAAUAUGGGGAAUUGCCACACGGUAGGACCAAACGAAGCCUUGGUGGUAUCAGGUGGUUGCUGUGGCUCUGAUGGGAAGAGCUAUACAGUGGGCGGCUGGGCCUGGGCAUGGUGGCUUAUCACCGACAUACAGAAGUAUGUGUUCUGCUACCAGGUGAAGGUCAUGACUGACAAUGAGCUGCUGUGUUAUGCCUGUGAACAGUUCCUGGGCAAGACCGUGGCAGAGAUUAAAAGUGUCAUUCUGCAGACGCUGGAAGGUCACCUGCGCUCUAUUCUGGGGACUCUGACGGUGGAGCAGAUCUACCAGGAUAGGGAUCAGUUUGCCAAGCUGGUGAGGGAGGUGGCGGCACCUGAUGUGGGCAGGAUGGGCAUUGAGAUCCUAAGCUUUACUAUCAAGGAUGUGUAUGAUAAGGUGGACUAUUUGAGCUCCUUGGGGAAAUCCCAGACUGCUGCUGUUCAGAGAGAUGCUGACAUUGGUGUGGCUGAAGCAGAGAGAGAUGCUGGAAUCAGGGAAGCAGAAUGUAAGAAGGAGAUGAUGGAUGUUAAAUUCCAAGCCGAUACAAGAAUGGCAGACUCAAAGAGAGAGCUGGAGAUGCAGAAGGCUGCCUUCAAUCAAGAAGUGAACACAAAGAAAGCUGAGGCGCAAUUGGCCUAUGAGCUUCAGGCAGCCAAGGAGCAGCAGAAGAUCAGACUGGAGGAGAUUGAGAUCGAGGUGGUUCAGAGGAAGAAGCAGAUCACCAUUGAGGAGAAAGAGAUCCUCAGGACAGAUAAAGAGCUGAUCGCCACCGUGAGGAGACCUGCUGAGGCUGAAGCCUACAAGAUGCAGCAGCUCGCAGAGGCACAGAAGAUAAAGAAGGUGUUGACGGCACAGGCUGAAGCGGAGAAGAUCAAGCGUAUUGGAGAAGCAGAGGCCGGCUCCAUUGAGGCUGUGGGUAAAGCAGAAGCAGAGAAGAUGAGGCUCAAAGCUGAGGCCUAUCAGCAGUACGGAGAGGCUGCAAAGACUGCCCUCGUCCUGGAGGCUCUGCCAAAGAUUGCUGCACAGGUGGCAGCACCCUUAAGUCGUACCAAUGAGAUUGUGAUCCUGAGCGGCGACGGUGGCCGUGUUACUGGGGAAGUGAAUCGUCUGUUGGCUGAACUACCUGUUUCUGUAAACGCCCUCACAGGGGUGGAUCUGUCCAAGAUCCCUUUGCUUCAGAAAAUGACCAAUCCUCAAGCUUGAACACGCUCCUUUGACUCUGCUGCCUUUCUGACACUCCCACAUUGAUUGUCUUGAAAAGAAACACAAGCUGUUUUCUUUUUACAGAAACGAGGAAUUGAUUUUUUAGACCCCUGGUGCCUUACCUCUGCAGGACCAGAAUCUCUGCAUGUGCUCUUGUUUUCGUCACUUAUAUCUUUUUUGUCUGUUUUUUUUUGCCUCUUUUGUUGAAACAACAUACCUCAAUUAUAGUUAUUUUGUUAAUCGCAGAACUGUAUCAUAAAAUUCACUAGUGGGCAGCUGCAGAUGUGUGUGUGUAUGUAGUGAUUUAGAAGACAAGGAAGUAUUUCCAUUUGAAUUGGUAGCUAAGGUUGUAUUCACAGUUACGUUUAUGCAAUGUAUGAAGAUAUAUAGAAGUAUAGUGUAGAAGAGCCAUUAGGUUUGUUACAGCAUGUUUAUUGGAUUGAUCAACUGGGCCUUUGAAAUCAUUCAUCAUUGUGAAGACAUUUCUGUUCAGGUCAAAUAGUGACGCAGUAGUGAGUAGAAAUGACUUUUAGUUUAUCUAACCAAUACGUUUAGACAGGUUCAUUUGUAAACAUCUUUUUGUAUAGUUCAAACAGGAAGCACUGUAGUCAUUUUUAAAGUAGGAUGAAAACAAUAAUAAAAAAAAAAAAUGUAACUUUGCUUUUAGGGUUGUAGGUCAAACCACGCGUUCACUGUGCAGUCGUUCAUCUAAAACUACGCCAUGUGAUUCAUAAUCAUAUCUGUAUGUAUAUUCUUUGAGAAUGUUUUGC